AUGCCACUUUUACCAGCUGAAAAGAAGCUGCUGCAACACAAGGAACAGAGCAAAGAUGAAAACACUGGCAUUAUAGUCCUCACUGAUACCAACUAUUUCACCGCUGACUCGGUGACCUCGGGGCCGCGCCUGGCAUCCCCGAGCUGCCGAGCGGGUGUCUUUCCGGCCAAGCACCCGCGGUCCCCGCGGCGCCCGGGACACCCGAGCGGGAGCUCCGAGCGCUCUGUCCCGGUCACCGCGGGGCGCUGGGCUCGGGGCGGUCCCGCCGGUGUCCGCGGCUCUCCCGGCGGCCGGAGCCGCUGCCCGGGGCCGGAUCACCGCGCCCGGGUUGCCCUGCCCCAUGGCCGGCCCAGCCCAGCCCCCCCGCUCCGUGCCGAGCCGGGCCGUGCCGGGGGCGGGCCGGGCCGCGUUUGCCAACAUGGGAGGAGCGGCGGGCGGGGCGCGGGCUGUCCCGCAGGGACGGGCCACUUCCCGUCGGAGGUGCCGGGCAGCGGCGGCAUGGAGACGGUGCGGGACGGCGGCAGCAUGGCCCGGAGGCUCCUCGCCCUGCUCCUCGUGGCUCUCCUAAUUAUUGAAACAGAGUGCAAAAAUGAUACUGAAGCUCUAAUAACAUCCAGUAGGAGGAUCAUUUCCAGGAGGGAAGUUAACUGCAAGGAGGAUGAAUACAGUUCAGAUAAUCAGUGUUGCAAGAAAUGUAGAAGUGGUUUUGUUAAAAAUGUCUCCUGCCCAACAGAUGUUACCAAACACUGUGCUCCAUGUCAGAAAGGAAAGGAAUUCAUGAAUCACCCCAAUGACUUAGACAAGUGUUUGAGAUGCAAAUUGUGUGACAGCAACUUUGGUUGGGAAGUUGUAAAGAACUGUACCCCAGAAGAGGACACGCAGUGUGACUGUGCAAAGAACCAUUUCUGCAAUCAUACACGAUGUGACGCUUGCAGUCCAUGUACCAUAUGUGGAAGCGGUGUAAUUGAAAAGCAAUGUACUAGAGAUUCAGACACUGUGUGCGGAAUGAAAGAUCCAGCAACACUGUGGUGGAUUGCUUUGGUAGCUUUGGUAGCUUUGGUACUACUGGCAAUAGCUGGAGCAAUAGUCUGGUACAAGAAAAAACAGAAACAUCUUACAAUCAAUACGGGCCUCCCAGGUAAUGGGGUUUACAAAGGAGAGCAUGAGAAUGUACCUCUUAUAGUUGAAGAUGUUGACCUGAGCAGCCACAUUCCUGGCAUUGUGGCAGAGAUGACACUCACAGAAGUCAAGAAAUUCGUUCGUCACCACCAUGUAUCAGAACCUGCCAUAGACCAAAGCAUUCAGGAUUUUCCUGGUGAUACAUCUGAACAGAAGAUUAGGCUGUUUCGAGUCUGGUACCAAAGUCAUGGGAUGAAGGGAGCCUAUGGAACCCUAAUAAGAAGCCUGAGAGAGUUAAAAAUGUGUGCUGUAGCUGAUAAAAUUGAGCAAAAACUGAAGGCAGCUAUUUCCAGCUCUCAGGAAGGGGGACAGUCUUAUAAUCCUGACAGUGAGCAAAGCAAAACUUGCACUCAGGAGGGUAGAAACUCUUACAAUGAGAGUGCUGAGCUAAGUAAAGCCUCUACUGCUAGUUUGGAAGAGACCUUGCACAGAGUAACUUGAAAUUUAUUUCUGAAUAUUUCUCUAACAUAAAUAGCAAAGUUUUAAAAUGACAUUUUCAUUAGCAGUUCUGAUUGAACUCAAGUAAGUUAUUAUAUGCAAAAGGAAUAAUUACAAAUUUUGUAGCAAUAUCUUUCCUUUAAAAAAAGUUCCAGCCUUUUUUGAUUGUUAAGGACUUGAAGAAGUUUUAUGACUUGUUUACUAAAAGGUGCAAUAUAAGACUCCAGCUAUAGGAUUCAUUACAAGAGGAAAGAAGUUAUCAUUUGAAGAAAAGGAAUGGUUUAAAUGCAUGGUCCUGCAUUAUUUAAUCAAUGUAAGAUUCUGCAUACAUUAAAAAUGCAGACUGUUCCAUUUUUUUUUUUUUUGAAGGGAAAGCUCUGGUGUUAUGAGUCUACAAAGUGUAUCUGGAAAAAUACUUGAAAAAAUAACGUUACCUGCCUUACACCUGAUUAAUUAGAAAUAUAGGUGUUGCUGUGUAGAUUCUACUCUGCUGCAAGUACAAUUUCUAUUUUUCAUGAAAGCGCUUCUGUGUGUAUAUGGAGUUUUGUAUAUGUGUGCAAGUUUUCGAUACUAAAAGCUCUCAGUUCUAGGUAAAAAUAAUUAUCUCUGUUGUUGUCAGCAGUGUUUGUAAGCCUCUUCUAAUGUUUGAAACCUUCAGAGAAAUAGGAGCACGGGGUUAAUAGGGUCAGCAGCACAACAGAACCAUCAUUUCUGGAAGGCAACCUUCAGAGCAUAUGAUGCUUUUCUAAUGCAGAAAUUGAUACAAUGAAAGCAUCUUCUUCAUUAAAAAAAAAUCUGCAUAAAACAUGGCUUCUGUCUUUCUUAUCGUGCAGUAUAUAGAUGUCAUGUUCAAGUUUGCUUUUACUCAGGUUAGCAAAUCAGAAUAAAGGAGAUCAUUCUCUUGAAAAAACACCUUACCUUUCUUUCAUCA